CCGCGGGCUGCGGCUGGAUUCGAUCCGGCGCGGCGGCAGCUAAGGCGGGGGCGGAGGCUCGGCCUGGGCGGCUGGGAGCGGAUUAGGGGAGGAGGGAAAACCGGAAGCCACGGUCGCGUCCCCAUCCUUAGAUUCGCUCCCCCGGGCUGGGAGCGUAGACGGAGGAGGAGAAGGGAGAGGCCGAGUGUUGGCUCUGUAAUAAAGGGGAGCGGCCACUCGGGAACCUCCUCCCGAGGCGCCCCCUCGUCCCGCCCAGUCUCCGCAUCCACCCGGCUCCUGGGUGCGGGGCCCCCGCAGACCUUCGCGAAAGAGGCGCUGCCCGCGGCGGGGACCGGCCGGCGGCGUCCGAGGCCCGCGCGUCGCCGCCACCCCCAGCCGCCUGUCCGCCGGUCCCUCCGGCCGCCGCCAUGUCCUCCUCCUCCUCCUCCUCCUCCCCCAGGGAGACUUACGAGGAGGACCGAGAGUACGAGAGCCAGGCCAAGCGCCUCAAGACCGAGGAGGGGGAGAUCGACUACUCUGCGGAGGAAGGCGAGACCCGCCGGGAAGCGACGCCCCGGGGCGGGGGCGAUGGCGGCGGCAGCGGUCGGAGCUUUUCGCAGCCGGAGGCUGGUGGAAGCCAUCAUAAAGUUUCUGUUUCACCUGUUGUCCAUGUUCGAGGACUCUGUGAAUCUGUGGUGGAAGCAGACCUUGUGGAGGCUCUGGAGAAAUUUGGGACAAUAUGCUAUGUGAUGAUGAUGCCAUUUAAACGGCAGGCUCUCGUGGAAUUUGAGAAUAUAGAUAGUGCCAAAGAAUGUGUGACAUUUGCUGCAGAAGAACCCGUGUACAUUGCUGGUCAACAGGCUUUUUUCAACUAUUCUACAAGCAAAAGGAUCACUCGGCCAGGGAAUACUGAUGACCCAUCAGGUGGCAACAAAGUUCUUCUCCUAUCAAUUCAGAAUCCUCUCUAUCCAAUCACAGUGGAUGUUUUAUAUACUGUAUGCAACCCUGUUGGAAAAGUGCAACGUAUUGUUAUAUUCAAGAGGAAUGGGAUACAAGCAAUGGUUGAGUUUGAAUCAGUCCUUUGUGCCCAGAAAGCUAAAGCAGCACUCAAUGGAGCAGAUAUAUAUGCUGGAUGUUGCACACUAAAAAUCGAAUAUGCAAGGCCAACUCGUCUAAAUGUUAUUAGGAAUGACAAUGACAGUUGGGACUAUACCAAACCAUAUUUGGGAAGACGAGAUAGAGGAAAGGGUCGCCAGAGACAAGCCAUUUUGGGAGAACACCCUUCUUCGUUUAGACAUGAUGGCUAUGGAUCUCAUGGUCCAUUAUUGCCUUUACCAAGUCGAUACAGAAUGGGUUCUCGAGAUACACCUGAGCUUGUUGCAUAUCCGUUACCGCAGGCAUCUUCCUCUUACAUGCAUGGAGGAAAUCCCUCUGGUUCAGUUGUGAUGGUUAGUGGAUUACAUCAGCUAAAAAUGAAUUGUUCAAGAGUCUUCAACCUAUUCUGCUUGUAUGGAAAUAUUGAAAAGGUAAAAUUUAUGAAGACUAUUCCUGGUACGGCACUGGUAGAAAUGGGCGAUGAGUAUGCUGUAGAAAGAGCUGUCACACACCUUAACAAUGUCAAAUUAUUUGGGAAAAGACUUAAUGUUUGUGUGUCUAAACAACAUUCAGUUGUUCCAAGUCAAAUAUUUGAGCUGGAGGAUGGUACAAGUAGCUACAAGGAUUUUGCAAUGAGCAAAAAUAAUCGCUUUACAAGUGCUGGCCAAGCAUCUAAGAACAUAAUCCAGCCACCCUCAUGUGUGCUGCAUUAUUAUAAUGUCCCACUCUGUGUCACAGAAGAGACCUUCACAAAGUUGUGUAAUGACCAUGAAGUUCUUACAUUCAUCAAAUAUAAAGUGUUUGAUGCAAAACCUUCUGCCAAAACACUUUCUGGGCUAUUAGAAUGGGAAUGCAAAACUGAUGCAGUAGAAGCCCUUACCGCACUUAAUCACUACCAGAUAAGAGUUCCUAAUGGUUCCAAUCCCUACACACUGAAGCUUUGCUUUUCUACAUCAUCCCAUUUAUAAGAAGAGAAGAGCAUGUUAGAAUUUCUUUACCUUUGUUAUAAUUUUAAAGCUACACUUCAUUAUAAAACAUCUAAAAUGGUUGAUCUAAUGUUGCCUUGCUUACUUCAAGAUGCUGUUCUGUAACAAACAUUUUGCCUUGAGUAAAUUUGUUGUAAAAUUAAAUACUGAAUUGUUUUCAUUUUAAAAUAGAAUAUCAUAAUGUAGACUAUCUACAGCUUCCUUGUAGACUACACAAAUGUAUGAUUUCUAAUAUUAUUUUUCUUCCACAGUGAAAAUAUAUUUGCAUUCUUAAUGCUAAUUAUCUGCAAGUAUUUUUCCAUUGUGUAUGAGAUUAAUGCAGGUGAAAGUAUUGCAUUUUAAUAUUAUAGAAUUCCUAUAUGUUUAGAUGUUUAAGUAUGUUGCAAUUAUUCAUAUUAAACAUAACUUGUAUUUAUUAUUUUAAUCAAGUUUGAGAAUAACAUUGCACAUAUUGAAUUUCAAGUACUACAGAUUUAGCUGAUUUUAUAUUUUGAAAGGCUAACAGACAUGGAUACACUUGUACAGGAUGUGCUCAAACUUAUUUAAAUUGAUGUAUUUUUUUUUUUAAGUCAUCCAUUUGUAUUGACAUGCCUCUGUUUCUAGUUGCAGUUUGGAGAUUUUAUAAAGUUACAACAAUGAGUUAACGUAUUCAUCUUCAUUUGUUGCAUGUGAUUUGAUCUUGAAACACCUCUGGUUUUUGGUAUUGAGAUUUUAAUAGAAGUUAUGAUUAACAGUUCCUCUUGUAGAUAACCUGAUGUCCAUAGAUGGGCUGGACUUUAGGGAGUCUGUGAACCCCCUAAAAUUAUAUGUAGAAUUUUGGGUAUUUACAUUUUAUUUUUUACUCUUGAAUCCAUCGGUAAUAUAUGUAUUUUUCUAUAUAGUGCAGGUGUAAGGAUCUAAUUUUAUUUUUAUUCCAAACAUAGCUAUUUGUUUCAACACCAUCUAUUAAACAUUUUUUCUCCCA